AUGGUCAAGAAUGGUAUUAUUCUCAAGGGUAUGGGAAUAGCAAUAUUGCUUACAUUACUGUUCGAGAGACAAUCGGUAACUAUACAAAUUGCAAGUAAAGCAAUACGAAAAUACACAGUAAAUACAUGUCAGUUUGAUCAUAUCGUUGGUGGUUCUCAGAAAACAUACAUCAGUUUUGAUGUCCUGUUUCCUCCAAGUAGUAUUAACUUCGCCAUACCAGGAAAGAAAUCAGAAACAGAACAGUUCGUUGUCAAGAAAAAUGAAGACGUGACCUUAGAGUGCAUUGCCGAGUCUAAUCCUUAUCCAGAAAUAGUAAUCAGAAAUGAAAUGAACGAAAACAUUGCUUGGAAGAUAAACAAUAUUUCUGUUCAACAUACUAUUGAUAACGUAUCUUGCUCUGAUGCGGGAGAGUAUUCGUGUUCUGCUCGAAACAUAUUAAUACUUGGACAAGGAGUUAAAUCAAGACUUAUUCUCAUUGUCAAAUGUCCACCUAGGCCAUCAGCUGACAACUUAAAAGAAAGAAAGUUAACUGCUGUUCUUCAUUCUGAUGUCACGCUGCAAUUCUUAGCACAAAGAUAUUUAGACGAGGAAAAUAACACUAAAUUCACAUGAUACAACCAGAACUUGUCGUUACAGAAUGACGUUAGGAAAUACAUUAUUUCUUCGCUUGGAUUACAAUCCACCUUAAUAGUUAGAAACGUGACGCAGUCAGACUAUGGGCAAUACCAUGUUGAGGUCAGGAAUUCAGCUGGUUUUUACAUUCACUACUAUGAAUUAA